AUGGCGUCCGUCACGAGCUUCCUCGAAAACGUGCCUCAGCCCGUCCAAUGGGCGUUGGCUGGAAUUGGUGCGCUGUACCUGGGAUCCAAGUUCUUUGGCUACCUCCAGCUUGUCCUCAACUCAUUCCUGCUGCCGGGCACCAAUCUCCGCAAGUAUGGAAAGCCUGGCACCUGGGCUGUUGUUACCGGUGCCUCCGAUGGCCUAGGCAAAGAGUACGCCUCGCAGCUCGCUGCCAAGGGCUUCAACCUCGUGCUCGUUUCUCGAACCCAGUCGAAGCUUGAUACUCUGGCGAAGGAGCUUGAACAAAAGUACACCGGCAAGGGUCUUCAGGUCAAGACGUUUGCUAUGGACUUUGCCCAGGACAACGACUCGGACUACGAUAGGCUGCGAGAGCUUGUGCAGGAUCUGGAUAUUGGCAUUCUGAUCAACAACGUCGGCCAGAGCCACAGCAUCCCUGUUCCCUUCUUGGAGACUCCCAAGGAGGAGCUGCAGAACAUUGUCACCAUCAACUGCCUCGGAACAUUGAAGACCACUCAGGUCGUUGCUCCCAUUCUCCAGAAGCGCAAGCGCGGUUUGAUCCUGACCAUGGGCUCGUUCGGUGGCUGGACGCCCACUCCUUACCUGGCCACCUAUUCCGGCAGCAAGGCUUUCCUCCAGCAGUGGAGCAACGCCUUGUCCGCUGAACUGUCUGAUUACAACGUCGAUGUCUACUUGGUCCUCAGCCACCUGGUCACGACCGCCAUGAGCAAGAUCCGCCGCACCAGCUUGCUUAUCCCCAACCCUCGCGGCUUCGUCAAGGCUGCGCUGGGCAAGGUCGGAACCGGCAGCUACCAGACUGCGCCAAACACUUAUACCCCCUGGUGGAGCCACGCUUUUAUGCUAUGGGUGGUUGAGAAUGUGGUGGGCGUCAACAGCCCCUUGACAAUCUGGUACAAUAAGAAGAUGCACAUUGAUAUCCGCCGCCGGGCUCUUCGCAAGGCGGCUCGCGAGGCAAAGAAGCAGUAA